ACUAUUAGAAGUUUGCAAAGCAGUGGCAGCCGUGUGAAAUGUCCAGUUCAGAAUCGCAAGCACGUAUCGCUAGAAACGUAUUCAAGUACUUGAGCGAAUCGAGCGAUUGGUGGGAAAUCGAGUCGAAAUUCUGCGACGACUGCAGCACGCACUACCUGACGGGCAAGCGAUGGAAGGACGCUGAAGCUAUGCUCGUGGUGCCCCUCUCCGUUAACAUCAUGUUGGACUUCGGAGCCAUAGAGAGCAUUCUUUCUUGCCUUCCAAGCGUGCCCAAAGUGACUCUGGCUCUGCAGGACGGCGACACGAAUGUAGUCUUCUACGACGUCGUUUCAGGAAUCGCUCAUCCUUCACAGUUCAACACCGCCGGAGACGACGAGCUUUCGACCGAGAACUGAACGUCGCGUUUACUUUUCUCGAGUCCAUCAUACCAUCAUGAAGAGCGCUGGGAAAGCGCCGGCGGCCCCGGACGGCGCAAACUGGCGCCUGUUGGCCUGCCACAACUUUGUUUCCCAAGACGUUUUCGUCACGCAGGACAAGGAUAUCGUAUCUAUGUGCGCGGCUAGGGACAAACUUCUCAUUGCCACUUCCAAGAUGAGCGUAGAGGUUCGCGAUCUCAAUUCAAAGGGAUUGCUACUGUUCGCGUUCCCGACCACCGACCAGGCGGUAAUGAUCGACUACUGCGAAGGAGCCAACUUUGUGCUAGCUCUGGAGAGAAUGACGACGCGGUCCGUGGAAGUGUUUCAUGUGCGCGCCUACUUCAACUGGUGGGUAGAGCCUUGCAACCAGGUCCCGAAGACGAGGGAGGCCGGCUCCGAACCAGAGAGCAAUGGCUGUGCCGGCAGGCGCCUCGAAAUAGUCGAACUGCCCGCAAAAAGGCACGGUUUGUCUUGCGUUGCAUGUUGCCGUCAGGCGGGCACAACACUUGUUGCAGCGGGCCGUGCCAUCAGUGUGUUUGUUCUGAAGACUGCGUACGACAAAACAAAGAGACAAUUGUACAACGACUUUGAGCGGUUGAUGGUGCUCGAAAUCAGCUUUAAACCAAAACAUGUUUACGUGUGCGAAGAUCAUGUGGCCUGUUGUUCCAACAGCGAGAUCCUCGUCUUUAGGAUUAAACUUGAGACUGAAGCAAUAAAAAGCUUAGAGGCGGCUGCAGAAGCCACAACCACUGGCAGCCAGAAGAAGACAAGUGGCAAUAACAUUCCCGAGAGCAACGUCAUCCCAGAUGACCCAAACUAUGUACAGUUGAGAUUUGAAUCUGAUGAAUCUACGGAAUGGGCAAAUGCAAGUUGGGAGCAGGAAUUGAAAACUGUCCUGCAUCCUUCAUGCUUUCCCGUGGAGCUAACCCUAAGGCCCGCAGGCAAGACUCGAAAAAAAGAUUUGGAAGACUCAGAUCCGUUUGUUCUUGGGCCCAGGGUCAAUCCUCCAGAUUUCUGUAAGGUUGCCAUCACUGUCGAUUCUGACACUGACCUCAUCACCUCGCUCGAAGUCUCUGCCAUUAUGUUACUGUACAGAAAUUUCAGUGGCAGAGAUAGUGGGCCUGUGAUAGCAUUCCAUUGGAUGCCAUAUUACAUCAAUGAUAGCAUGGCACACCCUCUCACGGAGGCCAUGUCAAAUGCCCCAAAGACCGCUUCGUUUGUCUUGCGCUCCGGAAUUUAUACCAAGCUCAGAACAUUGGCCUGCCUGGUCUCGUCGGGAAAGCGUGGCUACCUUUACAGGUUGAGUGACAUUCCACAGCUUGCAAGCAUCUACAGGUACUCUAAAGAAGCACAGAGUGUGGCAGUUGAUGCAUUCUUCCUCCAUGCACUCACAACUGCAGGGCUAGAAACCUACACUGUUCCCAUUCUGUAUGAGCCAAAGGAACCUGUCGACGCUCGUAAAACUCCAUUAGGAAAACCGACAGUGAUGGUUGGCUUACGACCGUUUCUGGGUUUGAAGACAUUGCUCAUGUCGGACCAGCAUCUAGUCAUGGCUGCUGCUGCCGGUGGCGACUCCAUGACGAGUCGGGAGGCAACGGAGCCGUCAUGCACUCUGUAUUCUCUCAUGAAACCUUCCAUGGAUCAAUUUUUUUCGGAUCUCAAAGAGGCUGCGAGCAUGCGCAAAGACGACGACUUGUUGUCUUACAUAAAUGCUGUCAAGCACGGGUUCCGUCUUCUAAACCUCAGCAUCGCGCUCAAGGGCAGGUAUUCCUGCAGCUCCGAAUUGCUCUCAGCAUUCUCUGAUGCGUGCUGCAUUCUGGGGGACACUUUUCUGAAGAGUGAAUCAUCUGCAGAAAGAGAGAAUGCCGCAUUGUACUACAGUUUGUCUGAGGAGUGCAUUGAGACAAUCGUUAAUAGAGUACUCUUUUUCAAGGGCCUCGUAAACAAAACUCACUUGGCUAAAACUGUUGCGCAGUACAUCAAAAUUGUCUGCGAGCAAUCCGCUGUGCUGUCUGCCAAGAAGUCGAUGCCAAUAUCGUCCACCCUAGCAGACACCAUACUUGAAAUAUUCUCGGCAGAGUGUCCAGAAUACUUACACAAGCUCAUACUCUGUACAAGUUUCACUGCCUUCAGGUCAGAAAAAGCGCUGAGCCUGCUAAAGAGCAGUUUGUUUGACAAGCGACAAAGCCAAGGUCACGCUGCAGACAGUUUGGCAUGUGUGCAGUUGCUGCUGCUAAGUGGAAACACCGAGGCAGGGAAAGUCAUCCUGAAGACGCUUUCCAAGGAGUUCCUGAUGCCUAUUCUUCUGGAAAUGCAUGAGCUCGUGCACAGGAAUCAAGUCCUUACGCCACUGGGCGAGCUCAUCAAGGCCACCAGGCCCGACGUGUACUUUUCCAUGUUAGUGCACCUGAAGAACAACGGAACGAUGGCACCGGAGCAGAUUGUCCUCAUCCUUCAGCACUCUGCGAGCCCUCAGGCGGAGCCCCACUGCGUCCCCAUGCUCAGAGAGUUCCUUGAGGCCAUACUGUCUAGCAAGCGUACCAACGCCCAGGCAUAUCCUCAUCUCCUCAUGACUCUCGUAAAGGCUUAUGUGGGCAAGAUGGCACCCUACAGCGGUUCCGGAAGUCCUCAGCAGGCAUCAGCACAGCUGGUUCACACAAAACCGGCGACAUUGUUUGGGAACCGGCCCCCUUGGCUUCUGGAACUUCCCCCUUUCCUGGGCCGGACCAUCACAAAGACUUGCAACCAGUACACAACCACAAUGAACCUCGCCGAGUGCUGCAUCUGCUCCAGCUGCUGGGAUGAGCUGCUGCGGAUGCAGUCACUCCUCUGCUCGGACCUGCUGCCUGCCUCGCUGCUGCCACGGGUCCUGGAGCUUCUGGAACAGUCGUUGCUCCUGGAGUCCGAAAACUAUGUGUCGUUGAAAGUUCUCUGCUUGCCUCCUACCAAGGCGCUCGCGCUUCUCCUCAAGUCGUACCCGAGCUCUGUGUUGGGAUUCAUGGAACACAAGUUCCCGGAAGACCAUGGCGAGUGGGUGUCCCUGUACACAUCUGUGAGCAUUAAGCUUCAGGCAGCCAGCAAGAAAAAGAAAACGGCCGUAUACAAGAGCAUCAUGGAAGGUGCGCUGUCUUACCUGAGCGAAGCGCUGACACCUGAACAGCUUGUCAAUCUUCUUCCACCUGGCAAGCAGGAGUAUGCGGAUUAUGUGAAACAGUGCAUGGAGCGAUACCAGGCAAAACUGUUGAGGGAAAAGAUCAUUGCGCUUGGGACUGAGCUAAAGGACAUGAUGUAAUUGUGAUGUAAAAAAUAGUGUGUCACAACUUCAUUGCAUAUUUAUUAUUUUUUUUCGUUAGUUUGUGUGAAAUGUUUUGAGGUCCUUUGGUUACUAUGAACUUUGUCAUGGGAUGCUUCCAGAUGUUGAUUUGUAGCUGUACUGCGUACGUAAGGAAAUUAAAAGCACCAAUGAAAAUA